CUUUUCUCUCAUUCCAUAGUCAAAAGUAAUUUAUAAAUAAUAAUAAUUUUGAAAAUGGCUAGAAUAUUAUUGAGUAUGAUAUUCCUACUUUGUAUCAUGGAGGGAGAGUGCCACAAUAAUAAAUAUGAGUGUGGAAGACACCGUUGUGGACCACAAGGUCCUCCAAUUCGUUUUCCAUUCCGUCUUAAAGACAAGGAGCCUCUAGAGUGUGGUGUACCUGGCUUUGAUCUCACUUGUGAUCAUAAGCAUAACACCCUCAUUGAGUUUUCUUCUUCUGUUCCUCAACUUUCAAUUAAACUCCUUGUCAUGGAAAUAGGUUAUGAAACCAACUUUCUAUACCUCUCUGACCCCGAAAAUUGUCUUGCCAGCAAAUUUCUUAAACUAAUUAAUACUUCUAUUUCUCCUUUUCAAUUCCAAUUUUAUAAUGAUGAUGGUCCAUUUUCUAUAUCUAUCUUUAAUUGCUCACCCGACGAGCAAUAUCACUUCUCGUGCCCUGUUUAUGUUGCUUCUGACGAGAGCGAGACACUCCUCGGUUCCAACCUUGUAUCUUGCACCAAGGUGUUUAACUUGUCCACAAAAAUCACGGGCAUAGACUCCCUCAUGAAAAAUCGAUUGUUGUUAGAGUGGCCGAAACCGAAUUGUACUGUCUGUGAGGCGAGUGGCAAGCAAUGCAUGCUAAAGAACAAUGGUUCCAAUGCUGCUUCUGUUGAAUGCUAUGGGAGUAUAACUGGUCCCAUGCUAACCAAGAAGAUACUCUUUUACAUUGCAGGUCCCGCAUUUGGAUCGUUGCUGCUGCUGCUAUUGGCUUUUAUGUUGUUUAAGAGCUAUCGAUACUUCAGAAUGAAGGGAGAUCAAGCAAGGAGUGCCAAGUUCUUGGAGGAUUACAGAGCCCUCAAACCUACUAGAUUCUCAUACGCUGAUAUUAAGAGAAUCACAAAUGGUUUCAAAGACAAGUUAGGGGAAGGAGCCCACGGUGCAGUCUUCAAAGGCAAGCUCUCAAACAUUAUUGUCGCAGUGAAAGUACUCAACAAUACCAUAGAGGAUGAAGGGAAAGAUUUCAUCAAUGAGGUUGGAACCAUUGGCAAAAUUCACCAUGUUAAUGUGGUUCGCUUGCUUGGCUUUUGCGCUCAAGGAUUCCAUCGUGCUUUAGUCUAUGAUUUCUUCUCAAAAGGAUCACUUGAGAACUUCAUCACCACACCAGACAACAAUGACAUUUUCCUUGGAUGGGACAGGUUGCACCAAAUUGCUCUUGCUAUAGCAAAAGGCAUCGAGUAUCUUCAUCAUGGUUGUGAGCAGCAAAUCCUUCAUUUUAACAUCAAUCCCCGUAACAUCUUGCUUGAUGACAGAUUCACACCCAAGAUUACUGAUCUUGGAUUAGCCAAGUUAUGUUCCAAGGACAAAAGUGCAAUGUCAAUGACCGCAGUUAGGGGAACCUUGGGCUACAUUUCUCCUGAAGUUGUAUCAAGAAACUUUGGCACUGCCACCAACAAAGCAGACAUUUACAGUUAUGGAAUGUUGCUACUUGAAAUGGUGGGAGGGAGAAAGAAUAUGGUUACAGGAGAAGAGGGACGUUCUCACAUCUUGUAUCCUGAAUGGGCGCAUAAUUUGAUUGAUGGGGGAGAUGUACAUGUGCAUGUUGAAGAUGAGCAUGAUAUUAAAAUUGCAAGGAAGAUUGCAAUUGUGGGACUUUGGUGCAUUAAGUGGGAUCCAUCAAACCGUCCAUCUGCCAAAACUCUUGUAAAAAUGCUUGAAUCAGAUGGAGAUAAGCUCACAGUUCCUUCUAAUCCUUUAACUAAUAACUCCAGUAAUUCUAGGGGGUGUUUGUCAUUGGAAGGAAAAAAGCACGUUUAGGCUUUUUGAAAGCUUCUAACUUUAUAA